UCAUUUAGGCAUCAAGGCAAGCUGCACCCAAAUAAAUCAAUUUAUCCUGUGUGUGUGGGGAUUAGAGUGGAAUGCAACUCAGACUUGUUUACAGCCAGUUUCCAACAGAGGUCAUCCUUGGACAAAGAAAAUCAGUUGCUGGUCAUUUCAGUCUUUUGCCUUUUUGUACCCGAUUUUUUUGAAGCUGUUUUGUACAGAGGAGGAAUAUUUGUCACUCACUUUGACAACCGAUAAGCAUAGUACCUAUUAUGUUUUACUCAUAGUCUCAAUGUAAAGAAAUCUGGUUUUAUGACUCCAACAAAUGACAUCUAGAUUUGCAACAAUGGCAUCCAUAGACGGGUUCAAAUAUCAAAAUCCUCAUCUCUCACAUUUUCCCUACCAAUACCCAACACCUCCAGAAAUCUUUAUGACGUCCAGACACUGUUGGGAAAAUGUUCUGUGGACUGGAAAAACAAAAUUAAAACAUUUCAGAUGGCUCAUGUCCUGUUUCGUUGAGCGUAAAACUUCCAAAACAUUUCGAACAUGAUACCGACAAGCCAACAUGGUGGCGGGACUGAGAUGAGAUGAAGCUGCUUUGCUGGGGCAGGAACCUGGACAACAUGACACAAAUAGACACGCCUCUGAACAAAAAUACAUUCUGGUAUUCAUCAAACUACAAAAUAUGAAGUUUGCUGUUAGGGUAAAAUAUUUUUUAAAUUGAGAUACAUUUGAUCUGUCGUAUCAAAUAUUCAAUAAAAGGUUAAAUUAUAAACAUGUAAACUGAAAACAUGUUUCAUUUAGUGAGUAGACAUACAAAGCUAUUUAGUUAUUUUUCAUACUCUACAUGAAUAAUCGGGAACUUUCAGAAACAUGGGGCUUUGAGUUUUCAUUCACGUCAUCUCCUUCUAAUCAGAUCCAAACUCAGUCUUCUUCAGCCUCAAGAUGCUCAGAGACACUGACCUGAUUCAGCCUCUGAGGUCUGGAUCGUGUUUUCCUUUUAAUAUGAAUUAGAGUGGGAUAUUUCCCAAAUUCCGAAGAACUAAUACUCUGGUAUUUCUGGUUGAUUCCCCUCCCAUGAGACUUCAGCUUUUGAUCUCAGUGCCGGUCGCAACUGGAGGGCGGUUCUGGUAAAAGCAGACAAGGGGUUAUGGAGAAUCUAAUUAUUUGUCAUGUCAUUAAAUAUUCGUGUGCGUACAUCUGGUGGUGAGAAAAUGUGUAGCCUUAUGAGUUUGUGAUGCGUGUGUUUGUGUGUGGUGGUUGUGAUGGGCAACUUUUCUUUCGAGAUACGGACAGGGUGGGGGUUGAGCAAUCUGACCACACUCCACUCUCUCUCUCUGGAACGGGACUUCCUUCCUGACUUGGACCAGCGCAAGAACAAACACCGCAAGGAAUGUAUAAAUGGGACUCUUGUUUCAGCUUCGGAUCAUCGAUUGCAGCCGUUCGAUACAACCGGGGGUCCUAAUUAAAAGUCGCCCUCACUCCGCAGGCAUGAAUCUCGCGACUCCGGCUCUGAUUUUCUGUGCGCUGUUCCUGCAGGAAGCUGCCGCCUCUCAGCGCGCCAGCUGCUCCGGGGCUCUCUGCUGCUUCCAGCACUCCGCGGACUUUGAAACUGCGGAGAAAGCCUGCGAAGAGUCGAACGGACAGUUGAUCCCAUUCGGCUCUGACGAGCAGAUGAACGUGUUGAGUCGUCUGGUGAGAACGUUCACGGGGAGGUUCUGGUUGCGCGGUGGUACAAACUGCACCGCCAUCUCCAUGGAGAGCGGGUCCGGAGUCUCGUUUGGGCCCGAGCCGUGCCGAAACACCCUGGACGGCUUCUUGUGUCUGUAUGAAUCCUCUUUGGUUUGCGGAGCCGUUCUGAGCAGCGGAGGCACGUCGGUUACGUACAGAACACUCACGGGCUUUGACGUGUUGGAGUCUGAGACGUUUCCACCGGGGACUGUGGCCCUGGUGGGACGGUCCGGGGCUCAGUACCCGGACUCCAAGCACCUGUGCAUGUCCUCAUGGUUACAGUCUCCGUGGUCCUGCGAGGUCUUCCAGGGUGGCUGCGAUCACGGCUGCAACAAAACCUCCAACACCUGUACGUGUCCAGUCGCGCGUUCUCUCCAUCACAACAACUUCUCCUGCACGGAGCCCACGGCUACCAGACCACAGGUUCAAGCCAAGCGCUGCCCCGAGGGCUACAAGCUGGCGGCGGACGGCAGACGCUGUGAGGACGUGGAUGAGUGCGCUGAGACGUUGGAUCUCUGCACAGGUGAGGGCGAGCAGUGCGUCAACCUGGACGGGAGGUACGAGUGCAGGUGCGCGGACGACUUUGUGGAGGAGGACGGCGCCUGCGUCAACGCGUCGAUCUGCAUAUUAUGCGAGCACAUGAAGUGCGAGAAGGUCAGCGGGGUGUACCAAUGCGCGUGCAAGGAGGGGUACCGGGUGUCCCUCAAAAACCCCACCGAGUGCGAGCAGGACUGCAGCCAGAGAGAGUGUCCUGCGAUCUGCAACAACAAUCUGGCGCUGGAGAAGAAGGACAUGCAACAGUGCUACUGCCCCCAGGGCUUCAUCCUGGACCUCUGGGAGGGCUCCGCCACCUGCUAUGACAUCGACGAGUGCGAAUCCCAGGCGCUCUGUGAUCACGAGUGUGAGAACCUGCCCGGUGGGUUCAGGUGUGUGUGCAGGAAAGGCUACCGGCUGCAGGGGACUGAAAAGUGUGUCCGUCUGCAGAACGGAGGAGAGGAGGAGAACGCAUCGGGGUCGCCUCCUGAUCUUGCCAGCACGCCGGUCAGCCUCCAACCGGCUCCCCUGCCGUCUUACAUCAAGACAGGCAGCGUCCUGGGCAUCACCGUGUUCCUGGUGCUGGGCGCGGCGCUGCUGGCGUGCGUGGUGAAACAGGUGUUUAGACGCUGCGCAUCUCUGAACCUGAACUCCAUAAAACACCCGGACAUCGAUAUUUUCUACCUGCAGCAGGUCACAACGGAGACCUACAAGAGAUUAUCGUUCGAUAAGCAGUUUAAAAACGACUCGUAAAGAGUCCGAGAGGCGGGCUCACCUGGAGGAGGAUGCACCGAUCAGAUGUCCAUACCGAUGUGACGUCCAACGGUCGAUAUCGAUAGUUUCGAUUUUUCUCUCAGAAUAUAAAACCCAACUGUGCCUUCAGGUACAAUGAUAAAGGUAGCUGUAUUCAACAAAAUAGGAAGGAACUACAAAACUCAAAGGCAUAAAGACGGAUUUUUAUUUUAAAAAUGUCAAAGACUACAUCAUGUGUUUAUGGACCAAAAUUAUUUUUUCCCUUUUUUAAAAAAAAAAUCUGUUAAGCAUUUAAUGUUAAAAAUUACAGCCUAUUAUUAAUUAGAGAAAAUCGGUGUGUUUUGAUCGGGCUGAUCAGUGCAUCCAAGUUUGUCCUUGGAGACAGAAAAUAUCCUGGCCACGUUAUAUUUGAAAAAUUAAAGUCAUACUAUUAGGAAGUGAGAAGUGAAAACAGCUUUAAGAUUUCUGUACUUGUCUUUAAAAAAACAGAAUUAACACAAAUUCUGUUCCAUUAAAAAAUAUUCAGUUAGAUCAGUUUCCAGCUCUAGUCAGGUACUAUACAGUUGGCGCAAGCUGCAGUUUCCAACAUUUCCUAACUAUGCAACAUUCUAUGCACGUAUUUGCUGCAUUUCUGAAAUUUAUUCUGUUUUAAUUGUCUGACGAAGUUACAUUUAAUGUAAAGCUAAAAACAGAUCGACACUGGAUGUGACUGAAAAAGAAAAAGAAAUGAGCUGCUUGAUUUGUGGACCUUUGACAAACACUGCAGAUUUCAUCAUUGGGAGAGAACCGCAGCGUGUAAAUAGAGCGGACUGAUGACUCGUGAGUCAUAAAUAUAAAGUGGUAUUUAUGUUAACAUUUAAAUGAAAGCUGGAUGUCAGGUUUUUAAUAACCUGAAUUGUGUAAAAAAAAAGAAAAAAAGAAAAAAAAAAGACUGUGACAAACGAACUGAAAUGAGUGUCACUGACGAGUAAACCACUUAGCGUUAGCAUGGUCUGUACACUGCUACUAUUAACCUUACUGUACCAGGCUGAUUCUCACCGGUCAGCUUCAUGUGAAUGUAAAACUGUGCUGCUAUUACAUGUAGCAGCUGCUACAUGCUAUUACAUGUAGC